AUGGCUCCCCACGCUGAUGAUGCGGCUGUCUGCGGCUCCAACGGUGCCUGCUCAGCCCCCAAAAAGAACCAAGAGCUCUUCUCCGUCACCUCCCCCAAUGUGGUGUACACAGACUCUUCGAUCCUCAGCAAGUACUCCUACCGCACCACCCUCGUUGAUGAGGUCGAUGGCAAGUUCGUUGCGACUCCGAAGGAGACGGUCUACGACUUCAAGACCGACCGUCAGGUCCCCAAGACCGGCAUGAUGCUGGUUGGCUUGGGUGGCAACAACGGCACAACGGUCACUGCUGGUAUCAUUGCCAACCGCGACAAGCUGUCCUGGGCUACCCGUGAGGGUGACCGUGCUGCCAACUACUACGGCUCCCUCGUUAUGGGCUCAACCGUCAAGCUCGGUACCAACGCCAAGACCUCCAAAGAUGUCAACAUCCCCUUCCAAAACGUCCUGCCAAUGGUUCACCCCAAUGACCUCGUCAUCGGCGGAUGGGAUAUCAGCGGAAUGAACCUGGCUGAUGCCAUGGAUCGUGCUGCUGUACUCGAGCCCACCUUGAAGGCUCAAGUCAAAAAGGAGAUGUCUGCCAUGGUUCCCCUCCCAUCCAUCUACUACCCUGACUUCAUUGCUGCCAAUCAAGAGGACCGUGCAGACAACAUUCUUCCAGGUAGCAAGGCCUCUCUUGAGCAUGUCGAGAAGCUCCGCAAGGACAUCCGUGAUUUCAAGGCCAACAACGGCUUGGAAAAGGUCAUCGUCCUAUGGACUGCCAACACUGAACGUUUCGCUGAGCUGAUUGAGGGUGUCAACGACACCGCUGACAACCUCAUGAAGGCCAUCGAGAAUGGACACGAAGAGGUUGCCCCAUCCACUGUCUUUGCCGUUGCUUGCAUUCUUGAGAAUGCCCCCUUCAUCAACGGUUCUCCACAGAACACAUUCGUCCCAGGCGCUAUUGAUCUUGCUGAGAGGCACAACGCCUUUGUUGGUGGUGACGACUUCAAGUCUGGGCAGACCAAGAUGAAGUCCGCCUUGGUCGACUUCUUGAUCUCUGCCGGCAUUAAGCUCACCUCCAUUGCCAGCUACAACCACCUUGGCAACAAUGAUGGCAAGAAUCUCAGCUCGCACAAGCAAUUCCGCUCCAAGGAGAUCUCCAAGUCCAACGUCGUCGAUGACAUGGUUGCUGCCAAUUCUGUCCUCUACAAGGAAGGCGAGCACCCUGACCACACGGUCGUCAUCAAGUACAUGCCUGCGGUUGGUGAUAACAAGCGUGCUUUGGAUGAGUACUACGCUGAGAUCUUCAUGGGCGGUCACCAAACCAUUUCGCUCUUCAAUGUCUGCGAAGAUUCUCUCCUUGCUGCGCCAUUGAUCAUUGAUCUGAUCAUCCUUGCUGAGCUGUUCACUCGCAUCCAAUGGAAGGCUCGCUCCUCUGAUGGUGCUGCGACGAAGGAUUUCAAGAACUUCCACUCGGUCCUUUCCGUCCUGAGCUUCAUGCUCAAGGCCCCAAUGACCCCACCUGGAACCCCAGUCAUCAAUUCUCUUGCUAAGCAGCGCAGUGCCUUGGUCAACAUCUGCCGUGCUUGUGUUGGUCUCGAUCCCGAGAACGACAUGACUCUUGAGCACAAGCUGCUGGAGUCGGGUCGCCUGCCGCGUUUGGUGGCUGGUCGUUUCUGUAAGCGAGCAUCUCCACUUUCCUUCUUUGUCUCGCGUCACUCACCAUCGAUCAUGGAUUUCAAACGUCGGGUACCCGACUCCGACCCCAACUUCAACAAAGAGGUCCCGCAAGAGAGAGAAGUCGCGGGCACCUCUCCAGCCCAGCCCGGCGAUGGCUUCACGGAGGAGGAGCUGGCAGAUGCACUCGACCCCUUGAGCCGCAAGUGGAACCCCGGGCGCGAAUACGAGGAGACGAACAUCGGGCAGCUUGUGCCCGGCCCGCACGCCGUCACGUUCGCUGGCCGUGUCGUCAAUCUCGGCACCUUCUUUGGUUCGAGCCCGAAGCAGCCCAAGGCGACGGGGUUCCACUCGCUGAUUGUGAAGGAUGAUUUCGGUGCCAUCUCUAUCAAGCUCUACUUCGCGCGCGACCCCUACCCCCUCAAGCUCGGCCAGCUCCUCACUAUCUGGACCGUCUUCAUCUCCGACCAGUCCAAGAUCGGCAACGCCGCGCUCCCCUCCGUCCUCGUUUACGCCAACCUCUUCCCCGGCCGGGUAACCUCCGACCACGUCCUCAUCCACACCACGGCCGCCACAUCCUCCCUCUGCCACCUCCCGCUCGAGUACCGCAAGGGCCAACCGUUACCGGGACUCAUGACGCUCGGUACAUGGUUGAGCGGCGGGCACGACGGCGUGAUCGACGCGAAAAUCCUGGUGGUGGUGAAGAGCAUCGGGGCCAAGAAGGCCAUCAAGCGGAAGGAUGGCGACGGAGAGCGCGAAGGACUGGGAGCCGGGCCGAACGGUGCUGCUGAUCAGCAACCCGCUGCACAAGGUGCUGCUGUACAGCGGCAAGGGGAGCGUGCGGAUCCAGAGCUCGAGCAUGGUCGACGUGGACCCGGAAUUCGCGGAUGCAGAGUGGUUGCGGAGGUAUGCCGUGGGCUUGACGCGGAAGGAGAGUGUGAAGGCCGUGUGGCCCGAAGGUUUGUGGGAUGUGGAGGCUGCGGAGAGUGGCGUGGUACGGAUGCUGUUCACGCUUGCGGAGCUGGAUCGGUGGGUCCGUUCGGAUGGCUAUCAUGCGUUCACGGGCUUCAUCAACGUGACGAUUAUGGACAUGUCGCUCGUUACGCUGCAUCGGAGGAACAUGCUCAUGUGCUCGGAAUGCUGCGGCGUCCCCAUCUUCGCCAACUCGCCCUCCGCGCCCUGCCAGAACUGCGCCAAGCCCACUCCUCUCGCGCUCAACCCUCGCCUGCUGGGCACGCUGCUCGACGAGACGGGGGCCCUGGUGGGCGGCAAGCUUCUCUGGAGCGAGCGCGCUUGGGAGCAGCUGUUUGGGCGCAGCGUGGGGGAAGUGUGCGCCAUGAGCGCGGAGGAGUGCAGGCUGUUUGA